UUCUGCAAAGCAGCCGCCAUCUGAUCAGAUGCACACUUGAGGAUCUGAGGAAUCCUUACUGUAGGACUCCACCCACUCCUUAACCCAGCAUGGACUACACAGCAAGACCUAGGCAAAGAAAAAACAUGAUUCUGAGGGAUCUCUUGGGGGUCUUAGGAAACAUGUUCUUCUAAUUGACGCACGGCAUCUAACUGUACCGAAGGCACUGCUUGGAUGGUUGUAGCUGGCUUUAUGGGACUGGGCUGAGUCCUUCACUGAGGUUUCCCCAAAUCUCAAGUGUGAGGUUGCUCAAAGGGCAGCAGCACCGCAGAAAGCCAUGUCCACCCCGCCUGAGUCCUUAGUAGCCCCCUCCUGUCCUACAGAUGCUGCCAGUGGGAGCAGCAGCCAUGGAGGGAAGACAGCCGCAUCCAUCUUCACCCCGGCCCGCCCAGGGAGCUACUCCUUGUCACCACGACCUAGUUAUGCGGCUGUAGACCAAGCUGCCAUCUUCACUUGCGGACCACCAAAGAAAAGACACCGGGGAUGGUAUCCUGGGUCACCUGUCCCCCAACCUGGUUUAGUUGUACCUGUUCCUACAAUUCGCCCCCUUUCAAGAACUGAGCCCCUUUUAUCUGCCCCAGUUCCACAGACCCCAUUAACUGGAAUUUUACAACCUCGGCCCAUUCCUGCAGGGGAAACUGUAAUGGUUCCUGAAAACCUGCUGAGUAACUCAGGAGUUAGACCAGUAAUUUUGAUCGGUAAGGCAAGGGAACACCAAGGUGCCUGUGUUCUCUGGAAUCUGGGAAUGUUUCUCCACGUCAUUGUGGCUUUCCUCACACAUUCAUGCAUGUAUUCGUUUGAUUCCUCGAGCUUUUAUCAGUCAGC